CAAAGCCAAAAGAAGAGAGAGAAAGAGAGAGAGAGGAGAGAGAGUGGGGUACAAGGUAGAGUCACCUGUAACGAAAAAUCUCAUCGUUCUUCCAUUCUGGCAUCAAAAUCAACAGUCUAAAGAGAUCCAUUUCACUCGUCAAGAUCCAUUUUUUCUUUAGGUACUGAUUGAAUUGGGUAAUUGAAUAGUUGGUUUCGAGGAAAUUGGAAUCGGAAAAUGGCGCCACCAGCUCAAUCUCAGCGAUCCCCUUCUCCUUCUCAGCCCUCCGGAAAAGGAGAGGUUUCCGAUCUCAAAAUACAGCUCCGCCAGCUGGCAGGUAGCCGAGCACCUGGCACUGACGACACGAAGAGAGAUCUUUUCAAGAAGGUCAUCUCUUACAUGACUAUUGGAAUCGACGUAUCGUCAGUUUUCAGUGAAAUGGUGAUGUGCUCUGCCACCUCAGACAUUGUGCUUAAAAAGAUGUGUUAUUUGUACGUGGGCAAUUACGCAAAGCACAAUCCAGAUCUUGCCCUCUUGACUAUCAACUUCCUUCAGAGAGACUGUAAGGAUGAAGAUCCAAUGAUCAGGGGUUUGGCUUUAAGGAGUUUGUGUUCGCUCGGUGUGGCGAAUUUGGUAGAGUAUUUGGUGGGGCCGUUAAAUAGUGGGUUAAAAGAUGGGAAUAGCUAUGUGAGAAUGGUUGCAGCUGUCGGGGUUCUCAAACUAUACCAUAUCUCGGUUUCGACGUGUUUGGAUGCUGAUUUUCCGGACCUGCUCAAGCAGUUAAUGCUCAAAGACAAAGAUGCCCAGGUCGUUGCAAAUUGCUUAACAUCUCUACAAGAGAUAUGGAGCCUGGAAGCAAGUAAAUCUGAGGAAGCAGCGAGGGACAGAGAAUCAUUGCUUAGCAAGCCAAUUGUAUAUUACUUUUUAAAUAGGAUUAAAGAAUUCAACGAAUGGGCUCAAUGUAUUGUUUUAGAGCUGGUUUCUAAAUAUGUUCCUACAGAUAGUGAGGAGAUCUUCGACAUCAUGAAUCUUCUUGAAGACAGACUUCAUCAUGCAAAUGGUGCAGUUGUAUUGGCAACUAUUAAGGUGUUUUUACAUAUGACCUUGUCCAUGGCUGAUGUUCAUCAACAGGUUUACGAACGAAUUAAAGCUCCUUUGCUCACUUUGGUAAGCUCGGGAAGUUCUGAGCAGUCAUAUGCAGUACUAAGCCACCUUCAUCUACUUGUGAUGCGUGCACCGUUUAUAUUCUCUUCGGACUAUAAGCACUUUUACUGCCAGUAUAAUGAACCGUUUUACGUCAAGAAAUUGAAACUUGAGAUGUUGACUUCCGUAGCAAACGAGAGCAAUACAUAUGAGAUAGUGACUGAACUUUGUGAGUACGUUGCAAACGUUGAUAUUCCGAUGGCGAGAGAAUCGAUUCGAGCUGUUGGUAAGAUUGCAUUGCAACAGUAUGAUGUAAAUGCCAUUGUUGAUCGAUUGCUUCAGUUUUUGGAAAUGGAAAAAGAACAUGUGACUGCAGAAACUCUUGUGCUUGUAAAAGAUCUUCUUAGGAAAUAUCCUCAGUGGAGUCAUGACUGCAUAGCGGUUGUUGGGAAUAUCAGUAGCAAAAAUGUUCAGGAACCGAGAGCCAAGGCAGCUCUUAUUUGGAUGUUAGGGGAAUAUGCUCAAGAUAUGCAGGACAGUCCGUACAUUCUAGAAAGUCUUAUCGAGAACUGGGAAGAGGAGCACUCUGCAGAGGUCCGUUUACAUCUUCUUACAGCAGUAAUAAAGUGUUUCUUUAGAAGACCACCAGAGACUCAAAAAGCUCUAGGAGCUGCUCUAGCUGCUGGUCUUGCCGAUUUUCAUCAGGAUGUUCAUGAUAGGGCCUUAUUCUACUACAGGCUUCUAACGUACGACAUUUCUGUAGCAGAAAAAAUUGUAAACCCUCCAAAACAAGCUGUUUCAGUCUUCGCCGACACGCAAAGCAGUGAAAUGAAAGAUCGCAUAUUCGACGAAUUCAACAGCCUCUCUGUCGUGUACCAAAAGCCAUCGUAUAUGUUUACUGAUAAAGAACACAGGGGCCCGUUUGCUUUCUCGGAAGAACUUGGUAAUCUGUCUAUCGAUACAGAACCUGCAGAUAAUGAUGCAGUUUCUGCACCGAGAAUCGAGGCUAAUGAUAAGGAGUUACUAUUGAGUACUUCCGAAAAGGAAGAAAUUCUGGGUUAUGGUACAAAUGGUUCUGCAUAUAAUGCUCCGUCUUAUAAUUCCGCUACAACGACAGGUGGUUCACAGGGACACUUAGACCUUGUGUCACUGGACCAACCAUCUACAGCAUUUACGAAUGCCAGCUCAGCAAUGGAUGAACUGUUCGGUCUUGGAAUGCCAGCUGUACCUGGUUCAGUAUUGCUGCUCAAUGCUAAAGCUACUAUUGAAUCUAAUGCUUUUCAGCAGAAAUGGCGUCAACUGCCAGUAUCUUUAUCCCAGGAUAUCUCGAUAGAUCCACGAGGAGUUGCAGCAAUGACGAAUCCAAAGGCCCUCGCUCAGCACAUGCAAAACUAUUCAAUGCAUUGCGUAGCUUCGGGUGGUCAAGCACCAAAUUUCAAGUUCUUUUUAUUUGCACAAAAAGCAGAGGAACCUUCGGCUUAUCUGGUUGAGUGUGUUAUUAACUCGUCUUCGUGUAAAGUUCAGUUAAAGAUCAAAGCUGAUGACCAGAGUACCUCCCAGGCAUUCUCCGACUUGUUCCAAGCGGCUUUGUCCAAAUUCGGUUUGUCUUGAGCGAAUAUUCAAAUUUGAUAUAUUUUUUUUUCUUUUUUGUAAGGAGAGUUUUUGUAUCAUUUAAUCUGAUGUGUGCAAUAGGAGCUGAAAAGGCUCAUUAUGUUGUUUGUCUGUUCAGCUUCCUCCUGUCGAUGAGUUUUACGACUUAUUAACUUUAUAUAUUUCUUAAUUUUGAAAUGAAGAGAUUGUAAUAAGGUGUUAUUUUUUCUUGAA